AUGUCGAGUGAGGAGGAAGUCCAGAACGAACUUAAGGACGGACUGCUGAAGGAGACACAAGAAAGAAAGGAUCAGCACGACGAGUUCAACGGAGCUUCUUUCACUGAAGGCGUCUUGAAGCUCGCAACAACGAUCAUCGGUGCUGGUAUCAUGGCUUUGCCUGCGACGAUGAAGAUCCUCGGACUUGUUCCCGGAAUCGUGAUGAUCGUUCUCAUGGCUUUCUUGACAGACAAGACGAUUGAGUUGUUGCUUAGGUUUAGCGGAAUCGGGAAAGCGAGAUCGUACGGUGGUUUGAUGCAAGAUUCUUUUGGUACACCUGGAAGGAUUGCGUUGCAAGUUGCUGCUCUCUUUACCAACAUUGGGGUUUUGAUCGUUUACAUGAUCAUCAUUGGUGAUGUGUUGGAGGAUAUGCUUGAUGGAUGGCUUGGAAAGAGCUGGUGGGACAAGAGAGCUAUUGUUCUUCUCGUUAUAUCUCUCUGUUUAAUUGCUCCAUUGACAGCCUUCAAGCGGAUUGAUGCUUUGAGAGUCACAUCUGCCAUAUCACUUGGUCUAGCGGUUGUUUUUCUUGUCUUCACUGCGGGAAUCGUCGUAACAAAGUUUUGUUUCAGAGUCCACGAUAUACAGAACGAGCUUGGAGACGCCACCCAGAUCAAACCUGUUGUCCGAUCAGCUCUUUUCAUAUCCUCCUCAGUUUACAUAAUGACAAGCUUGUUCGGAUACCUGUUGUUUGGUGAUUCUACUCUUGCUGAUGUUCUUAAAAACUUUCACCACGAUCUUAAAAUCCCUUAUGGUCCGGUUCUCGGUGGCGCAGUCAGACUCAGCUAUGCAGCUCAUCUCCUGCUUGUGUACCCUAUUAUCUUCUAUCCUUUGCGGGCUAACAUUGACGGUCUCUUGUUCCCUACGGCUCCAUCACUUACUACCUCUAAUCUGAGGUUUGCCUCCAUCACUGCGGGUCUCAUUGCUCUAAUCUUUGUUGGUGCAAACUUCAUUCCAAGCAUCUGGGAUGCUUUCCAACUCACAGGAGCUACAGCUUCUGUCUGCAUCGGUUUCAUAUUCCCUGCUGCUGUCAUCUUAAAGAAUCGUCACAACCGUACAACAAAGAUGGACAAGACUAUAGCCAUUUUCGUGAUAGUCCUUGCCGUUUUCUCCAAUGCAAUCGCCUUGUACUGUGACGUUUACGCCUUAUUAGUCAAGAAAAAGAGAUCCACAUUCCCAAUGUGA